AUGGGUAAGAUAGUAAUAUUAAUUUAUUUAUCUUGCAUUAUUUCAUGUGUUACAGCGGAACUUUAUACUUUUGAUGAUUUUGAAUUAUUUUCAGAAAUAGAAUAUCAAGUAGAUCUUUCAAGUUAUGUUGAUGAAGAAAAGGAUGAAGAAGCUCUUGAUGUAUUUAUGAACCUAUUUGAAGUAAAUGAUUUUAUGUUAGAAGAUGAUGGAUUUUUUGGUGACUUGUGGAAUGGAGCUAAGAAGAUGGCAGGAGAUGCUGUUAAUGCUAUCAAAGAAACAGCAACAAAAGUAAUUGAAAAGGGAACUAAAUUUAUGGCAGAAAAUGGAGAAAAAAUUUCAAAAGUACUUGAUAAAGUGGGAGACGUUGCCGGAUUUGUUGGCAAUAAGAUUGUUGGUCCACUUUCUAAUGUGGCAGCAGCAGUUGGACCAGUAUUUGGACCAAUUGGUGUGUCUAUUGCUGGAGGAUUAAAAACAGCUACAGGUAUCCUUAAAGGAGUUGAAGUUGGAGCACGUGCUGCUGCAGGUGCAACAAGAACUGUUACAGAAUUUUCUAAAAAUUAUCAAAGUGGAGGUGGAACACCAGAAGAAAGAAUGAAACGAGCCACUGGAAAGGCAUGGGAAAAAUUAAAAGAUGAAGGAAAGAAAUUUAUUGCAAAUGAAGCAGGUAAUUUAGCAGGAAAGGUUGCUGGUAAAUUUGGAGGAAAGUUAAUGUCGGGUGCAGGAAAAUUAAUUGAUAAAGGAAUAGGAAAAGCGUCUAAAUAUAUUGGAAAAGGUACGUCUGAAUGGCUUGGCAAUAAGGCUAAAAAUUUUAUGCAAAACAAAAUAGAAGAAGGUGUUGACAAAGUUAAAGAUAAAGUAACUAACAAACUUGGAGAUGCUAUGGGAGUUGACCCUUCUACUGGAGUACUCAGUAUUGAUAAAAUUAAAGAAAAAAUACAGAAAGGAAAAGACAUGUAUAAAAAAGGGAAAGAUAUAAUUAAUAAAGGGAAGAAGAAAGUUCUUAGACUAGAAAAGAAUAAGAGACUUAAAUCAAAAAAAAGUAAUCUACAAAAUACCAAAUCAAAAAAAUUAUCAUCACCAAAAAGAAAUACUAAACCAAAAAGAAAUACUAAACCAAAAAGAAAUACUAAACCAAGACAUUCUCCAAAAAGAAGACAAACAAAUAAACAAAGUAAUUCACAAAAGAAGAAAAAAUAA